CCACCAUUUGGCUCGGAUUAAAGCAGAGCUGAUACCUUGACAGCUAAAGAAGACUAAAGACGUCGAUAUCAAGAAGAACCCGGAUACGACUGCUGGUAGUUGCUGCCCAGUUCUGGAGCCAACCGACUCCCAAACAGACACGCACACGCAUCAGAGCGCGAGACAAUACGAGACCGCCAAUCUCCAAGCAUCGUCCCCACAUUCUCCAGCAAGACCCUGCCCGCGAAUCGGGCCUGGGCUCAACCUUUGCCUCCUCGCCCUCCCAACUCCUCCCGUAUUCUCGGCAUCGUGAAGUCCGGGCCCCAUGGCUUCCAGGACGGGCCCCCCCGGCGGCACAGCUACCUAUGCCGACUGCGUCGAUUCGCUACGCAACUCGCUCAAAUUCCUCGAGGCGUCCGUGGAGACGAUUGACCGCGGCGUAUCGGACUUUCCUCGCCUCAUGACCGUCCUCAAGACAGUCCGACAUUACGAGCUCAUUCCCCAACCCACGCUCGCUGCGGCAGAGGCUUCUCUGCGCGAUGAGAUUGGGCCUUACAUCGCCUUUCUUCUCAGCCGUGCCGAUGCUCAAGUCGAACGGCAGGAACGUCGCAUUGAGACGCUUAAAGCUCGCGCUGAGCUGCAACAGGGACGGCUCGCCAGGUCUGAUGACCUCAUGCGUGGCGUGCCAAAGACGUCUAACAAGAGCCGGCAGCUCCGUGGCGAGGACAAGCUACGCGCCCGCAUCGUGCGCCAGCGCAAGGAAGCCCUACGAUAUGGCAUCGAGAGGUUGGAGCUGGAAGUGCUCCAGAAGGAAAGAGAGUUGAGAAAGCGUCUGGACAGCCGGUAA